CUGGCUGGGUUUGAAUAUGCAGGGAUUUGACUAUUUAUUUAAUGACUUGGUGCAGGAUCUAAAUAGAUUUAUUGAUGAGAAGAGUGAAAGCAGAGGAGCUGCUGAAUUGUUUGGUGCUCUAAGGGGUCGUCUAGGUGACAGCAACAAAAAUUUAGUCAUGGCAACAUUGACAUGCAUUGGCAAUGUUGCAUGUGCAAUGGGUCCAGCUGUUGAGAAAGCAAGCAAGGGCAUUUUAGCGGAUGUUUUGAAAUGUUUGGGUGACAAUAAAAAGCAUAUGAGGGAAUCCACAUUGAAUACUUUAGAUUCUUGGCUCUCUGCUGUUCAUCUUGAUAAAAUGGUUCCUUACAUUGCAGCAGCUUGGACAGAUGCAAAACUUGGUGCGGAAGGGCGCAAAGAUCUUUUUGAGUGGUUGUCAAAACAACUAUCUGGGUUAACUGAAUUUCCUGAUGCUGUACAGCUACUAAAGCCAGCUUCCUCUGCUCUGACGGAUAAAUCAUCAGAUGUUCGUAAAGCAGCAGAGACAUGCAUUGCUGAAAUCUUGAGAGUUUGUACACAAGAAACUGUUGAGAAGCUUGUUAGGGAUGUUUAGGGACCAGCUUUAGCUUUUGUUCAUGACGUUUGAAGCAUUAUGGUAAUUUUCAAG